CUAUUCAAAAAAGUAGUCGAAAAGAGCAUCGACAUAGGAUUUUCAUAGAUUUUUUUUCAUUUCGUGGUAGAACCUCAGUCCCAAAAUCAUGUUUACCGCGGUACGAGCUUCGAAAUUAAUACAAAAUCUAGCGACUAGAAGCUAUGCAGCUAAAGCUGCCCAAGCUGCUGCUGGCGCUCAAGGCAAGGUUGUUGCCGUUAUCGGUGCCGUCGUAGAUGUGCAAUUCGAUGACAACUUGCCACCAAUUUUGAAUGCUCUUGAAGUUCAAGGACGUCAAACACGUCUUGUCUUGGAAGUAGCUCAACAUUUGGGAGAAAAUACAGUCCGUACAAUUGCUAUGGACGGUACAGAAGGUUUGGUUCGUGGACAACGUGUGGCUGAUACAGGCUUCCCAAUCAGAAUUCCAGUCGGUGCUGAAACAUUAGGACGUAUUAUUAACGUCAUUGGUGAGCCAAUUGAUGAACGUGGUCCAAUUCCAACAGACAAGACAGCUCCAAUUCACGCUGAAGCUCCAGAAUUCGUUGAGAUGAGUGUACAACAAGAAAUCUUGGUAACUGGUAUUAAGGUCGUUGAUUUGUUGGCUCCAUACGCAAAGGGUGGUAAAAUUGGUCUUUUCGGUGGUGCUGGUGUAGGCAAAACUGUAUUGAUUAUGGAACUUAUUAACAACGUCGCUAAGGCUCAUGGUGGUUAUUCAGUCUUUGCCGGUGUGGGAGAACGUACACGUGAAGGUAACGAUUUGUACAAUGAAAUGAUUGAGGGUGGCGUCAUCUCCUUAACCGACAAGACAUCCAAGGUAGCACUUGUAUAUGGACAAAUGAAUGAACCACCAGGCGCUCGUGCUCGUGUUGCUUUGACUGGUUUAACUGUCGCCGAAUAUUUCCGUGAUAUUGAAGGUCAGGAUGUAUUGCUUUUCAUUGACAACAUUUUCCGUUUCACACAAGCCGGUUCCGAAGUAUCUGCCUUGUUGGGUCGUAUUCCAUCUGCUGUCGGUUAUCAACCAACAUUGGCUACUGACAUGGGUAGUAUGCAGGAACGUAUUACAACAACAAAGAAGGGUUCAAUUACAUCAGUACAAGCUAUUUAUGUACCAGCUGAUGAUUUGACUGAUCCAGCUCCAGCCACAACAUUCGCUCAUUUGGACGCAACAACUGUAUUGUCACGUGCUAUUGCUGAAUUGGGUAUCUAUCCAGCUGUCGAUCCAUUGGAUUCAACAUCACGUAUUAUGGAUCCAAAUAUUAUUGGACAAGAGCAUUAUAACAUUGCUCGUGGUGUACAAAAGAUUUUGCAAGAUUACAAAUCACUUCAAGAUAUCAUUGCCAUCUUGGGUAUGGAUGAAUUGUCAGAAGAAGAUAAAUUGACUGUUGCCCGUGCACGUAAGAUUCAACGUUUCUUGUCACAGCCAUUCCAGGUCGCUGAAGUUUUCACUGGUCAUGCUGGAAAACUUGUCCCACUCGAAGAAACAAUUAAGGGAUUCAACCAAAUUCUUAAGGGUGAACUCGAUCACUUGCCAGAAAUUGCAUUCUACAUGGUUGGACCAAUCGAAGAAGUCGUCGAGAAGGCUGAACGUUUAGCUAAGGAAGCAGCAUAAGAUGGAUGUAACUCCUUCUUUUUAAGUAUAGUACAUUAAAAAUACAAGUUUAAAAAAUUUUUUGCUGGUAAACUCGAUCGAAAAAUGAAAAUGAAAAAUCCAAGAGAAGGAAUAAGAAUAAUUAAUUACAUUUCCUACAUCUGAAAUACACGAAAAAAUGUUACAAAAGAUAAUGCUAGAUAUUAAUCGAUACCCAAUUUAAAACAUAUAAAAAAUUGAAAAAUCUUUGAAAAAAAAAAUUUAAAAAAAGUCACUAAAAACGUGUGUCGUCAAAUUGUUUCUUCUGGUUGAACUUUUGAUAUCAAUUAAGUUAGUCUUAAUCCUCCCUAAAAGUAAUAUGUAACAUCAUUUGUAAAGACUCGAAGAUAUUUGAAAGUCAAUUUUGAAGAAUUUAAAAUGCCUUUUUUCCUUAAGUAAACUUAAGAUUCUCCUAAAAGACUGCACCCAAAAAUGUUUUUUCAACCAACAUAAUUACAUCCAAUGAACAUCAACCUACCGAAAUUCAAUUAGGGGUCGUAUCGGACAAAAGAAAGAAUUAAAAUCCUUAAAUCAGAUGGGAAUAAUUAAGACCUUUUACUUGUCAAACAAAAGAAUAAAAAGUUUCAAUAAAAAAUUAUUGUCAUUUCUGGAGUAGCUUCAGGAAUUGCAGAAAAACUU